AUGACUGUAACUGAUGUGUUUAAAAAACUCAUUUUUUAGGUGGAGGCAGAAAGGCGAGCGCAUGAACAAGAGGAGAACAAGGCAAGUGAGGAAUACAUCCAAUGGCUUCUAGCAGAAGAAGAGGAGGAAAACAGAUUGGCAGAAGAGAGACGGAGGGAGAUGGAGGAACAGCUGAAGCAAGACGAAGAGUUGGCCUGGCAGCUGAGUAACAGCCUGAAUGACGAUUCCAAAGGAUGUGUGCUCAGCAGUCCUUUACCAGCAGGCAAUCUCUCACCUGAAACAUCCCCAGCAAAUUUCUGCAAGAUGAAGAACAAACCAAGCAACUCUGGAGACAUUCAGAAGUAUCUGUCUCCAAAGCUUCAUCAUAUGUUGGGAUCAGCAUCAUUCUCUAGAACAACAAAAAGAGGCAGGAGUGACUCUGGCUUUGUGGAAACCAGUAGCAACGAAGGCAGCAGUUCUGUGUGGCAGGACGAGCAAGAGGAAAUGCCAACGCUGUCUCCACAGCUGACCGGUGUUACUAAAGAUUCUGGUGCGAAGGAUUCAUUUUUGGAGUGGUGCAUGACCUAUUUCAGUGCCUCAGCUUCAGAGGAAACCGCUGCUGUCAAGCAGGAAGAAACACAGGGUCCAAAUUGUCUAGGAGAUGAAGUUCCAAAUGCACUUCAUGGAAUCGCAAAAGGGGAAGGGUCUAGAACAGAUCUUUGUAGAUCCAAAGGAGAAGGUGAUGGAAUUGAGUCAGACAGUGGCAGUUUAACACAUGUAGAAAGCCUAAACCAUGAAAACUCUGCUGAAACUGGUACCCAUAUUCAGUCAGGAACGAGCAGAAGUGUAACAUGUGACCUCCUGAAGGUGGCUGGACACUCACAUGAAGAGGGACCAGAGAGACUGCAGAACACUGAGAUGCUAAAAAGGAAGUCACUGGAGCCACCAGCUGAAGCAGUGGUUGACUUAUGUGUGCUUGAUAAGAGGAGAAGAACUUGUCCGGAAAGUUUAGAGGACCAAGGAGAGCAGAUAAAUGGUUUUGACUUGCAGAUGCAGAAAGCCUUUGAGCAGGUGUUCUAUGAAAGGCGUGUGCAAGAGGAGCAGGACAGGCUUCUGGCUCUGCAGCUACAAAAGCAGAUGGACAAGGAGGAAAGGACACUGAAUCGGCAGAAGGGCUCUCCAGAUGAGUACCUUCUUCGCACCAAACCAUCUCAGUCUAUGAAAGACUCUUCUGCCAGAAAGAGAGGUUCAAAGAUGGCAAAAGACUCAAAGGUACAAAAAACCCAGGCUGAAACAAAUCAUCGCAAAGCUCGGAAAGGUUCUGGCAAUGAGAACUGGCAGUCCCCUACCCGAGUCCGAAUGAAAUCACUGGGCAUCAAGGGAGGAAAAGUUCUGAAUUGUGUGGUUAAUACCAGUGAUGCAAAUGAUAUUUGUUCCCUGCCUAAGAAUAAGCAAAAGACGAUCCUUCAGAUGUUUAAAAGCUCUGUUGCAGAGUAG